UACCUUCACCAAAAUUAAAUGCCAAGCAACAACCACUUUGAAUGAUUUCCAUCCUUAUAAAAGCCAUUGGAAAGCACCCAAAGUUUUUAACUCAAAAACCCAUUGCUGCUUUUGCCUCUCCUCGUUCAAACAAACAACAAAAAAGAAAAGCAAUGAGUCCAUUUGCCUCUUGCUUGCUUCUCUUAUUAUCAUCUCUAGCUCUUGUCUCCCUAGCCAGGGCUCAAGACAGAGCUCCCCAUGGCAUUGCUUACGAGAACCCCAUGGCUUUCUCCCCAUCAGCAUAUGAAUUCUUCCAUCCGAAAACCCGAAAGCCAGACACCAAAAACCCCUGCGCAGCUUCCAAUUGCUCGCCAUUGCCUAUGGCAGCUCAAGUUGACUCUGCAAAAGCACUGGAACAAAGCAAGGUUUCGACGCAGCAGAAAUCUGGGCAUCGACUGGGAGCUGAUGGGAUUGCUGGCGUUGUUUUCGGUCUGGCAUUUGCAGUGCUUUUGGCAAUGGGUGCUUACUAUGUGCUGAACACCCGUCGAGCUAAUGCUAACCGAGCAAACUCUGUUCAACCCGAUGCCUGAUGGUGUGCUUCAUUUCUCCAUGUAUAAUAUAAGCUAUAAGGGCUUGAUAAUGAUAGAGCAGCAGUUGGAAUUUAAGCAUUUUCUUCUAUCUUUUAGCAGUACUUUUCGUUCUCUUUCUCUCUGGGUUCUUCCUCCUUCCAAUCUUCUGUCAUGGAGUGUAUUGUUUAUGAAUUCAAAUUUGUUAUAUAUUUGCAUGAUGCUUCACACAUGCAGACUACAAAUUUAGUGUCU